AUGCGGAACAACGAAGCAAAGGAUAUUAAAGUUGGCGUUCUCUCUUCCCUUGGUCUGGUUGUACUGUCGUCAGUGUAAGUAUUUGUUCAAAUUUUGCAAAGGUUGUGUACAGUGAGGGAUCUGAUAAAGUGGCAAAAAACGGACCAUUUUGCAUCCGGGAAGUAUGAAAAAUGGGGCAAAAUGCUUCCCUCUCCAAGUGAAAAAACUCCGAUUUCAAAAGCGCGCCCGCUUUUUUUGUGAGGGAGUCGUUCAAAAUGGAGGGUUUUUUGUUGGAGAUUGAGGCAUUUUGCCACAUUUUUUGACUCUUUCCGGAUGCAAAAUGGUACGUUUUUUUGCCAAUGGGUCAGGCCCCUCACUGCAUAUAUAUAAAGGCCAUAUAAAUAUUCAAUUUUUUCCCAGAUCGCGAUUUUCGGUACACAAAAAGGUCGACGGCCAAAUCGAAAAAUUGGGAAAAAAAUUUAAAUACUCAUAUGACCACCUUUAUUCACCCCAACUCACAGCCUUCCCUAAUUUUUCAGGCUUAUGUUAUUUCCGAUAUUUAACCACCUUAUGAUCAACAGUCCAGACGCUGACACCCACGCCCCCAUUUUCAACGACACUUUGUUGGGCGACAACGCUCUGGUCGAUACCAUCCGGCUUCACAUUGAAUAUGCCAUCGGCAAAAGAGUUGUUGAUCGCGAUUAUCAAACAAUGGAAGUGAUGAAGAGACAUCAUCACGAACUGACUUAUUUGACCGCGAUUAUCUUGAGUCACAUACAUGAAUCGAUGGCCAAAGAUGUCGCCGAGAACAACGGAGUGUGCUUGAAGACCUGUGGACGUAAGUAAUGUUACAUAAUUUAUGCAUAUACAUAUAUAUAUAUAUACACUGCUCGCCAAAAUUAUAAAUACACUUUUAAAAUCGCUGUAACUUUUGUGGUUUUCAAUAAAACUGUGCCAUAUUUGGCCCCAAUAUGUACCAGUGUACUAUAAAUCUUGUGCCAAAAAAUUUUUUUGAAAAGUUUCCACAAUUUGGAAAAAAGUUGAAAAAACCGAAAUUUUGGAGAUUUUCUUUGCGACAAAAUUAUAAAUUCACGCAAUAUUUUGCAAUUUUCUUGCCGUUGGCGCUGAAGCAAAGUAAGUUAUUUGGCUUACUGGUUUCCUUAGGUGCCCUUCUGGCAUGCUACGAGGAAAAACAGUGACAGAAUAUGAAAAAGGCGGAAUUACGACCCUGAAACCGCAAAGACCUCGGGUUUGCCAGAUUUCGGCUCAGGUAGGCCGUUCAGCCGAAGUUGUGAAGAACUACUUGGCUCAUCCGGAAGCCUUCAACACGUCUAAACGUUCUGGCAAAAAAUGUUUACCACCGCGGCAGAAUUAAGGCAGAGAAAUCCGCUGAGCUUCCAACUACACCAUCUCUGGGUCUCAUAUAGAGCAAGAAAAAGGUCUCAAUUGUAGCAGGAUAACUAUGCUGAGGGCACUAAGACGCAGCGAUGUCAUCACUGGACAUCAUAUGAAGUCGUGCCCCAAGUUGGCCCAGGUUCGGUUAGCGCGCGACUGAAACUGGCCAAGGUAAUUUUGACAAAACAGAUCCUCCAACAUUACGGCACAAGAAGUAACGCGGUUCUCUUCUGAUGUAAUGACAGUGAUAUGUCCUAUGUGGAAAACCGUCGGGGACAUCGUCUGACCAUGCAAUCUGCAAGGAAUUCGGUACUGCAACGCUGGGAAAUUGACCCUUGACUACUCAACCUGUUUUGUCAAAGUCAUCUUGGCCAAUUUCGGUCGCGCGCUAACCGAACCUAGGCCAGCUGGGGGCACGACUUCAUAUGAUGUCCAGUUAUGACAUCGCUGCGUCUUAGUGCUCUCAGCAUAACUAUCCUGCUACAAUUGAGACCUUUUUCUGGCUCUAUAUGAGAUCCAGAGAUGGUGUAGUUGGAAGCUCAGCGGAUUUCUCUGCCUUAAUUCUGCCGCGGUGGUAAACCUUUUUUGCCAGAACGUUUAGACGUGUUGAAGGCUUCCGGAUGAGCCAAGUAGUUCUUCGCAACUUCGGCUGAACGGCCUACCUGAGCCGAAAUCUGGCAAACCCGAGGUCUUUGCGGUUUCAGGGUCGUAAUUCCGCCUUUUUCAAAUUCUGUCACUGUUUUUCCUCGUAGCAUGCCAGAAGGGCACCUAAGGAAACCAGUAAGCCAAAUAACUUACUUUGCUUCAGCGCCAACGGCAAGAAAAUUGCAAAAUAUUGCGUGAAUUUAUAAUUUUGUCGCAAAGAAAAUCUCCAAAAUUUCGGUUUUUUCAACUUUUUUCCAAAUUGUGGAAACUUUUCAAAAUAAUUUUUUUGGCACAAGAUUUAUAGUACACUGAUACACAUUUGGGCCAAAUAUGGCACAGUUUUACUGAAAACCGCAAAAGUUACAGUGAUUUUAGAAGUGCAUUUAUAAUUUUGUCGAGCAGUGUAUAUAUAUAUAUAUAUUAUAUAUCAAGUCGUAUUUUUUCAGAAUUCAUAGUAUAUUUCAACAUGGCCCUCGGCCAUCUCUGCAAAAAAGAUCAAAAGGAUUUGGCCAAGUCGUUGGGACAAGCAGCCGAGCCGAUGACAGAAGUUGUCAAGCAUAUUAUUUUGACCGUUAGUGGGAACAAACUGGACGUUAUCAUCAAAGCCGCCAAGGAAUUGAAGAAGAACGGGGAGAGACUCAAGGCUAGAGACUUCUUUUAUCACUAA